CGGAGGCGGCGGCGAGGAGCUGUGCUUCCACCUCUCUAGCCCCGGCAGGACGGGGGCGGCCGCCGCGGGCCCGAGGUGGGGACAGCACGCAGCUUCGCCGCGCGCACCCCCGCCCAGCAGCGGCCCGGACACUCGGGGCGAGCGGGAAAGCGGCGGCGGCGGCGGCGGCGGCAGCGGCAGCGGCGGCAGCGGCGGGAGAAGGAUGCAGGGGAAGAAGCCGGGCGGCUCGUCGGGCGGCGGCCGGAGCGGCGAGCUGCAGGGGGACGAGGCUGAGAGGAACAAGAAGAAGAAAAAGAAGGUGUCCUGCUUCUCCAACAUCAAAAUCUUCCUGGUGUCUGAGUGCGCCCUGAUGCUGGCGCAGGGCACGGUGGGCGCCUACCUGGUGAGCGUGCUGACCACCCUGGAGCGGAGGUUCAACCUGCAGAGUGCCGACGUGGGCGUGAUUGCCAGCAGCUUCGAGAUCGGGAACCUGGCGCUCAUCCUCUUCGUGAGCUACUUCGGGGCUCGUGGGCACCGGCCGCGCCUCAUCGGCUGUGGGGGCAUCGUCAUGGCCCUGGGCGCGCUGCUGUCCGCCCUGCCUGAGUUCCUGACCCACCAGUACAAGUACGAAGCCGGCGAGAUCCGUUGGGGCGCCGAGGGCCGUGACGUCUGUGCUGCCAACGGCUCAGACGGCGACCAGGGUCCUGACCCUGACCUCAUCUGCCGCAGCCGGACUGCCACCAACAUGAUGUACCUGCUGCUGAUUGGGGCCCAGGUGCUCCUGGGCAUCGGUGCUACCCCCGUGCAGCCCCUGGGCGUCUCCUACAUCGAUGACCACGUGCGGAGGAAGGACUCCUCGCUCUACAUAGGAAUCCUGUUCACGAUGCUGGUAUUUGGACCAGCCUGUGGAUUUAUCCUGGGCUCCUUCUGUACCAAAAUCUAUGUGGAUGCUGUCUUCAUUGAUACAAGUAACCUGGACAUCACUCCGGACGACCCCCGCUGGAUCGGAGCCUGGUGGGGCGGCUUCCUGCUCUGCGGUGCCUUACUCUUCUUCUCCUCCCUCUUGAUGUUCGGGUUCCCACAGUCUCUGCCCCCGCAUGCAGACCCCGCCCUGGAGAGCGAGCAGGCCAUGCUCCCCGAGAGGGAGUACGAGAGGCCCAAGCCCAGCAACGGGGUCCUGCGGCACCCCCUGGAGCCAGACAGCAGCGCCUCCUGCUGCCAGCAGCUGAGAGUCAUCCCCAAGGUCACCAGGCACCUGCUCUCCAAUCCUGUGUUCACCUGCAUCAUCCUGGCUGCCUGCAUGGAGAUCGCCGUGGUGGCUGGCUUCGCCGCCUUCCUGGGGAAGUACCUGGAGCAGCAGUUUAACCUCACCACCUCUUCUGCCAACCAGCUACUUGGGAUGACCGCGAUCCCCUGUGCCUGUCUGGGCAUCUUCCUGGGCGGCCUCCUGGUGAAGAAGCUCAGCCUGUCCGCGCUGGGGGCCAUCCGGAUGGCCAUGCUCGUCAACCUGGUGUCCACAGCCUGCUACGUCUCCUUUCUGUUCCUGGGCUGUGACACGGGCCCCGUGGCUGGGGUGACCGUUCCCUAUGGAAACACCUCAGCGCCUGGCUCGGCCCUGGACCCUUACUCACCCUGCAAUAAAAACUGUGAGUGCCAGACCGACUCCUUCACGCCUGUGUGUGGAGCGGACGGCGUCACCUACCUGUCCGCCUGCUUUGCUGGCUGCAACAGCACGAAUCUCACCGGCUGUGCGUGCCUCACAACUGGGCCACCCGAGAACGCGACCGUGGUUCCCGGAAAAUGCCCCAGCCCCGGGUGCCAAGAGGCCUUCCUCACCUUCCUGUGCGUGAUGUGUGUCUGCAGCAUGAUCGGGGCGAUGGCGCAGACGCCCUCGGUCAUCAUCCUCAUCAGGACAGUCAGCCCUGAACUCAAGUCUUACGCCCUGGGAGUUCUUUUUCUGCUCCUUCGUUUGUUAGGCUUCAUCCCUCCCCCGCUCAUCUUCGGGGCCGGCAUCGACUCCACCUGCCUGUUCUGGAGCACGUUCUGCGGGGAGCAGGGCGCCUGCGUCCUGUACGACAACGUGGCCUACCGGUACCUGUACGUCAGCAUCGCCAUCGCCCUCAAGUCCUUCGCCUUCAUCCUCUACACCACCACGUGGCAGUGCCUGCGGAAAAACUAUAAACGAUACAUCAAAAACCACGAGGGCGGGCUGAGCACCAGUGAGUUCUUUGCCUCUACUCUGACCCUAGACAAUCCGGGGAGGGACCCUGUGCCCGCAAACCAGACGCAUAGGACAAAGUUUAUCUAUAACCUUGAAGACCACGAGUGGUGCGAAAACAUGGAGUCUGUUUUAUAGUGACUCAAGGGGGGCUGGACUCUGCCGAGCAAGCAAAGGGUCAUUUUUCCUACAAAAAGAAAAAAGGCUUCCAAAAAACAGCUCAGUGUACACACACACACACACACGCGCACGCACACACGCACACACACACCCUACCACCACCUUUGUCCUUUUUCUCCAAAUCAGAGCCAGACGGGACUCAGAAUGAGAGCGGGGACCAUGUGUCUGACGUGUGACCUGCCGGGGCUCAGGGCCUGCUCUUUGAUGCCACCGCGUGGUGUCUCAGGACGCUGACAGCUGCAAGCAACAGGCACUGCCAAAUUCAGGGAACAGUGGUGGCCAGCUCGGAGGACACACCUCUGCAGAUACACACAGCAUACAAAACAAAACACUUUUCAGAGCA